AUGAGCGCCGAUGCGAACCCAAAUGUGUCUAACGGCACUUGCUUCUCUACCGAACACACAGAAAACAGAGGCGGCUUCAUCCCAUGUGGUAAUAUCGCGUUGGGGCAUUGGCCAUGUUGCCACGCCGGCGACUUCUGCCUGAGUUUUAACGAUGCUAAUGCCUGUUGGGACCUCGAGACCGGCAACACCUACAUAGCAGGAUGUACAGAUCCAGGCUUCAAUGACAGGGCUUGUCCAUGGAAGUCGCAAGAGUUCAGCAACCAGGAGUGGGUGGCGAUACAGCAAUGCCAAAAGGGGACGGGCAACAAUGAUACCCAGUGGGGAGGGUGCAAGACGUCGCCGGACUCGACAGAGCUGGAAAAGCUUCCACAUCAGAGUUGUGACUCCUUCUGCACCAACACACUGUACAAAGGCAACACUGCCCUGCCGGCUUUUGCAAGUUUACCAAGCAGCACAGGCUCGUCUAUAGCCUGGACGAACGGGUUUGCACCAACUUUGGUUUACGCUCCCAUCACAUCGACGGCUGACUUGUCCGGUAUGGCGACGACAUUCGCAUCUAUGCAGACUCGUACUCCCACAAUCUCGACAACAGCGACCCAAACCAUUUCCACAAGCCCGACUACACUAAUAGCUACUACUAGUGGCGAUGACAGUCUGUCAACCGGAGCCAAGGCAGGCAUAGGAGUAGGUGCCGCGGGUGCAGCGCUCCUGAUUAUUGUAAUCAUUCUUCUCGCGCUCCUGUUCAGGCGGCGGAAGAAAAGGGCCCAGAACACCCAAUCCAACCUAGCAUUGAAGCCACCAAAGAUUGACCCUAUGGACCCGUACCAACCCUAUCAAACAUAUUACUCUCACCAGCCUACACCCAAGACACGGCCAGACGAACAGGUCGAUGGGACAUAUGCAGCUGGGUUUAAAUCGGAGCUUCCGGCCAACGAGCGCCCUAUGACUUGUGAGCUGCCGGCCGACCAAUCUAUCACAUUUCGAUCACACUUAAGUCCUCAUCCGAGUCCAUACCCGAGUACCGCAUCAACGCAGUCGCUGUGGGCGACGUUCGACUCCGCUGGUACUGACCAUGUUUCGUCGUAUUCUGAUAGCACAACUGCACGUGGUGGGAACUCAAAUUGGAUCACGCCGGAAAACACUGGAAAUCAUGAAUAUCUGGGCGGUUCUCAGAGAAGGGCUUAGGCGUUUGCUAGCUAUUAGCCCAUAUUCAGCAACUUAAUUCUUCUGAGCAGACAUGAUUCCCGAU